ACUUCCUGUCCUGUUGAGGGCGACUGCGGAAGUCCGUGCGGGCGCUUAGGUCUUGCGGCGGCUGGGAAAAUAUAACGUAGUGUACGUUAAUAACCGCUUUCGGCGCGAAAGAUGCCGGGUCUGGCGGCCGCAAGCCCUGCCCCGGCCGAGCCUCAGGAGAAGAAGCCGCUGAAGCCCUGCUGCGCUUGCCCGGAGACCAAGAAGGCACGCGAUGCUUGCAUCAUUGAGAAAGGAGAAGAGCACUGUGGACAUCUGAUUGAGGCCCACAAGGAAUGCAUGCGAGCCCUGGGUUUUAAGAUAUAAAAUGGUGGUCUGCUCUGUGAACAAAUAAUCCCCUGAAGAAUGAAGAAAAAUAAACGAUUAUCAAAGUUCUUUAAUGCACUUUGAUAAAUGGAAAAUAUAUUUAUAAUUUAUUUUAAAAACCAAGGAAAAUAUAUAUGAUCAAAAAUCUUCA